UCUUCACUCUCUCUCUCUCUCUCUCUCAAACUCUAGCUCUUGGAUUUGUUACAAAAAUUAAUAUUGAGUAUACUAUUUGAUUAACUGAAUUCAUAUUCCAUAUAUCUAGCUAGAUUAAUGGCUAUUGAGAUUGGUUCUAUUACUACUAGUAGUAUUGAGUUAUCGAACAUUGCAAACUCUGAUACUCAUGGAGAAGAUUCUCCAUACUUUGCUGGAUGGAAAGCUUAUGAUGAGAACCCUUAUGAUGAGAUUACUAAUCCUUCUGGUGUUAUUCAGAUGGGUUUAGCUGAAAAUCAAGUUUCGUUUGAUUUACUAGAAGAAUACUUGGAAAACAAUGCAGACAAACAACCAACAACAAGGAAAAGUAGUGGGAUUUCAAGCUUCAGAGAGAACGCUUUAUUUCAAGAUUAUCAUGGUCUGCAAAGUUUUAGAAAAGCAAUGGCAAGUUUCAUGGGGAAAAUCCGAGGCGACAAAGUGAAAUUCGACCCCGAAAGAAUGGUUCUUACCGCUGGUGCAACAGCUGCAAAUGAACUCUUAACUUUCAUUUUAGCAAACUCUGGUGAUGCUUUAUUGGUUCCAACUCCAUACUACCCAGGAUUUGAUAGAGAUUUAAGAUGGAGAACUGGUGUAAACAUCGUUCCUGUUCAUUGCAACAGCUCGAAUAACUUUCAAGUUACUCCACAAGCAUUGGAAGAUGCAUACAAAGAAGCUGAAUCAAUGAACAUCAAAGUUAGAGGACUUCUGAUUACAAACCCAUCAAACCCACUAGGUAUAGCUAUGGAACGUAAAGUACUCGAAGAGAUACUCGACUUUGUUACUCGUAAAAACAUUCACCUCGUAUCAGAUGAAAUAUACUCAGGGUCAGUUUUUUCUUCAACUGAAUUCGUAAGCGUUGCAGAAAUACUAGAAGCACGACACUACAAAGAUGCGGAAAGGGUUCACAUUGUUUAUAGUUUAUCAAAAGAUUUAGGGUUACCAGGGUUUAGAGUUGGAACAAUUUAUUCAUACAAUGAUAAAGUUGUGACAACUGCAAGAAGGAUGUCAAGUUUUAGUUUAGUAUCAUCACAAACACAAAAUCUUUUAGCUGCCAUGUUAUCCAAUACGAAGUUCACUGAAAACUAUAUUAAGAUUAACAGAGAACGAUUGAACAAAAGAUAUGGUUUAAUUGUUGAUGGGCUACGAAAAGCUGGAAUUGAUUGUUUAGAAGGAAACGCCGGAUUAUUUUGUUGGAUGAAUCUAAGUCCGUUUUUGAAGAGCUACACAAAAGAAAGUGAAUUGAUACUCUGGAAUUUAAUGGUGAAUGAAGUUAAGUUGAAUAUAUCUCCUGGAUCAUCUUGUCAUUGUGAUGAACCUGGUUGGUUUAGGGUAUGCUUUGCUAAUAUGAGUGAAGCAACAUUAGAAAUAGCAUUGAAGAGAAUUUACGACUUCAUAGAAACUUAUCAAAGAAGCAUGAAGAAUUAGAACCCAACACAUUUCUAUUCAUAAUAUUUUUUUGGUAUUACAUUGAUUCUUUAAAUGAAUUAAGAUAACCCAUAUCUUAAAAUGGGAUAAUUCAUCUCUAAAUAUUGUUAAGAAAUGUGACUUGCAUUUGAUCGUCAAAUAAAUAUAUUAUUUUUAUUCUUAAUUUUACAUUAGAUACAUUCCUUG